AUGGAUAACUGGGCAAAGAGUACGGCGGCAUGGCUGGGCAUUCAGGCAUUGCCGCUCCUGGCAUAUCCCAAAUUGGUGAUUACGUUGCUCGCGAAUGAGGGCCAUCAAUCUAGCGAUGUUGAAAUCUACCUCUCCAGAUCGCUGGGGCUCUCGCUCAUUGUUCUCGCCAUAAUCGUGCUGUUCUUCACGGGCACGAUCCCGCUUUCCUCAAGCAUUACCGGCCCUGCGGUCAGACUCGACGAAGUCAACACCUCAACCGACCCGAAGGCUCCAUACGCAGUGCCGAUUUUGCGCGUCACGACGCUGUUCCACUUCACCACCGCCAUCUACUGCUAUAUGCGGUACGUGAAUGUCGCACAGACGGGGUUCAUGUUAGGCUGCGUCGGGUAUGGCGCUUUGGCUUGUAUGGGAUCGUGGUGUAUGAUCUUCGGGACGGGCAGUGGACACACGUCGAAGCGGACUGGCGCGGACAAGCGCACGACGGGGUUUCCCUUCAAGAACUCCAGCGCUUAUGAUAAGAAGAAGGAUCGCAAGAUGGGGUGA